AUGUUUAUUGUGCUUUUGGCUAUAACAAUGAACUGCCUUGGCUGGUUUAGCACCACCACAACAACAGCAACAGCAACAGUGAUAGCAUUAGCAACAUCCAGUCAUACUAAUUCUGAAAUUAUCAAUGCGCUUAUGAUGGAAAGCUUAAAAAGUAAUUUGGUGCAAGCAUGUGAUAAUGAACGAAUUAUAUUGCAUUGUCCAAAAAAUACACAAAUUUUGCUUGAAAAUAUAUUUUAUGGUCGUUUGGUACCAAGCAAUCAACUUUGUCCUUCGCUAACUGCAAAGCAGCAAUUUGCGCUCGAUGAAAGUAUCAGUUGUGAUGUAGUAGAUGCUCAUGCGAAAAUUAUGGAACAAUGUCGUAAUAAGAGAAAAUGUAAAAUUAUGGUAAAACCAUCAUUUUUUGGUAUUGAUCCAUGUCCAAAUACUUCCAAAUAUCUACAAAUAUCAUAUAAAUGUAAACCAGUAUCAUUCGACGAGGAAAUAUUUUGUGAAGGAUCAACAAUGCAAUUGAGUUGCAAACAAAACAAACGAUUGGUUAUUUAUUCGGCUCAAUAUGGCCGAAAAGUUGAAGAGCGAACGAUGCACCACUGCUCACCAAAUACUCCAAUUAGUCAAGAUUGUGUGAUUGAUGUGUUAAGCCAGCUACUCUAUGAUUGUCAUGCGCAAACAGAAUGUACGGUGACAGUAAACGAUGAGCAUUUGGAUAAAGUUGGAUGCGCAUUAGGCAUACAAAAAUAUCUCAGACUUAUCUUUAUGUGCAUGAACGAUGAAAUUUUUACCGAAACAGCAAUGAAAGGAAAUUUAGAAACGAUGAAAAAAAUCAUUUCGAAAGCAGAAGCAGUGCUUGUAAAAGACAAUGAACGAACAUUUCAUAUUAAAGAUGAUCCAAAUCUCGGAUACAAACCUAUUCAAAAGAAUAAAAAUGUAAACGUUAUCUUGAGUUCGUUGUCGGCAAACAGUUACGAGGAGUUAGAUGAGGAAAGCGCAUUUGUCGCAGUGACUUCAACUUCAACUGAUCUCACUUCAUCAAAUAAUGCUCAUCAUUUCAAUGCUUUCGGCUUCAUACAUGAUUGUAUGUUAAUAGUACGAGCAAUAAAAGAUAACAAAGAGAAGGUUUUACUCUGUCUUCUUCUGAGUUUUCUAAUAGGAUUAUCAAUGUUACUGAUCGCUUGCGCAGUAUCCGGUUGUUAUCGACGUAAAAUGAAGCGGAAAAAUUCAAGAAGAAAAAAUAAUGAGGAAAUUGUGCAAACUACAAAGCCAACAGAAUUAAGUACACUGAUGAGAAAUAAUAAUCAUACAGCAUCAGUCUUUUUGAAUCCUAGCAGUCGAAUUUAUUUUGAUGUUGGCGAUUUGUCGAAUAACAAAGAAUCAUUGUUGCGAUUUACUCAGUUGACACAACCGCGAGUACCACAAAUUAUUCAUGGCUAUAGCUAA